AUUUGAAGUGUCAUACAAAAUAUUUAUAUAACUCUAGAGAGAGAAAGAGAGUUGGGAGAGAGAGAGAAACUAUGGAACGUGGAGACAACUUCCAUCGCUUUCGGGGCCAUGCAAACCCUCCAUCAGCCUUGAAUGCAACGGACGCCGACGUCCAGAACGUCACCGCCGCCGACCUUGCUGCCGCUGUGGCCGUGACCAGGAACAGCCGUCCACCUGCCUCGGCUGCGGCGGCAACCCUGAGGGAGCAGGACCAAUACAUGCCGAUUGCGAAUGUCAUAAGGAUCAUGCGGCGGAUCCUCCCGCCCCAUGCGAAGAUCUCCGACGAUGCCAAGGAAACGAUCCAGGAGUGCGUGUCGGAGUACAUCAGCUUCGUGACGGGGGAAGCCAAUGAGCGGUGCCAGCGCGAGCAGAGGAAGACCGUCACGGCCGAGGACGUCCUCUGGGCCAUGGGGAAGCUCGGGUUCGACGACUACAUUGAGCCACUCACGGUGUUCCUCAACCGCUACCGGGAGAUCGAGUGUGAGCGGACCUCCCUUAGGGGAGAGCCUUUCAUGAAGAGGACCGUGGACUAUGCCCCAGCAGUGGCGGUCCCUCCACCGCCAGCGGUUCUGCCACCUUACAUGACUGCGCCACCGGGCUUCCACCCCAUGGGGCCACCAGGAGCCUUUGAUGGAAGUGCUGCUGUCUACUACAGGGUGGACCCGUCUGGUGGUGCCGGAGAUGGAGGAGCCACCGCGUCGUCAUCUUCAUCUUCUUCUCAUGCUGCUCUGCUCCACAGCUUUGAUCCCUACGCUCAGUUCAAAUAACUGCUUAGCCAACCUACUCAUCUGCAGUGAACAAAUCGGAGUUACGAGGACAAGAACAGAAAAAUCUUCUGAUCGGUCAAUCGAGGUGGCAUUCGCAUAAUUUUCAUUAGACAGAUACAUUCCUAAGACAAGUUUAUGUAUUUUCAGAGAUCCGAUCGAUCGGAUUAUUUUUCGGGGCUUGUCCUUCGAGAUUUUCUUUCUAGUUAUGGGAUGGGGCAAACUUGAAAUGCUAUCGAUUUGGUACUAUCAGCAGACUAGGAUUGGUUUCUUCUCUAACUAGCUUUAAUUGGUUAUGCAUGUUCAUGUUUGGA